AUGAAGCAAGCCACCGAAGAAAAGCGACAGGCGUUGUGGGAGAUGCUGCUCCUAGCCAGCGCUCGGGGGAGGAAGCGAGUGGAUCGCCAUACUCUGCGCCGACGCGUUGCUGAAGUUCCGAUAGCCGACCGCAAGAACCAGCAGACACUUCAGCUCGCGACUAACACAAGCUGCUAUCUGAUCCAGCAGCUUAUCAAGGAGGGGUACCUGCGCCGAAGCUCGCAUGAAGUUCAGUACGGAGCAUGUCAGACAAGCCGCAGAUGGGAGCCAUUCGUUCGACCCCUUGCUCGACGUCGUUCAUAUCAAGACGAGAAACGGUUUUACAUCAAGAAGAUCGGACAGAAGGUGUACAUCCUGACCGGCAAGGACGAUGUCCCGACUGAAGAACCGCCGGUACAAGGAGUACGUAAACAGCGCGCCAGUGUGAAUCGUCCUGCAGGAGUAGUGGAGAAAAAGCCUGCCUCGAUGACGCGUGAACUAUCGCGCAAAAUGCUGCUGGAGUACGUUAUACCAGCAAUCAAGGCCAAAUGGCCCCACGCCCAAAUGCUACAGCCCAUCAAAAUCCAACAAGAUAAUGCCCGCCCCCACGUCGAUGUAAAUGAUCCAGUGGUGGUCGCUGCUGGAACGAGCGGCGGCUGGAACAUUCGCCUCGCCAACCAGCCGGCUCAGAGCCCAGAGCUCAACGCGUUGGACGUCGGCUUUUUUACAGCAUUCAAUCCUUGCAGUCUCAAACAAUACCACGGAACGUCGAGCAGCUGA